CCUGCUUCUUGGAACACGCAGGGCUACAACAAAUACACACACGCCCUGGUCGAACCUGAAUUUCCCCCCGAGGCAACUCAUCGCAGGCCGCGGUUGCAUCCUGUUAGAGAUAAUGUUGCCCACAUAAAAUAACAAUAAAAUGGGGUGGCCAAAUUUUGGGAACUGACUUGAUCGGAGCUGCCCCUGAAAACGUAUUGUAGAGGGGGGGCUGUCGGUGCGGGGCGAGAAGGAAUCAGCUGAAACUAAUUACACCUGUUUGUAUUUAUUUACCCCACCUGGUGCGUUGCGCCAGCUCUCUGUGCAAUCUGACCUGCAGGGGAGGGAAGCUGCGCUACUCGUUUUCACUGUGUAUUUCGUUUGACCUCCGUAUGCAUUUCAUCUUUGACACGAUAUAGACUGGCCCACGUGUCCUCGGAGCUGGCACUGGCCUUUUUGUGUGGCGUGUCGUCUCCGUUUUGGUCGGAGGGAUCAUGAAAACUGUUGUUCAACAGAUGUUACGGACCUGCAACAAACUUUUCUCUGGAAAAACUCCAAACGAUGUUGUGGAGGCCCAUCCGUCCAACAUUGAGACAGCAGCACAGCUGGAAAACAUCCAACAUUUGCCCUGUCCUUCCCAUCCUCCCGGUGUGGAGGCGGUCAGAGAGAGUGUUCACCAUGUGGAGGCAGUCAUUGAGAGGGCCCACCAUGGUGGUGGAUGGCUCCUGUCUGGCAUCAUCUGUAUCAACAUCCUGAUCCUAGGCUGUGCUCUAGUCAGCAGCAGUGCCUUCAACAGCGUGGCCAUUACUGCCAUGCACAGGCAAAUCUUCCUCAUCAUUCUCCUCCUCCUCACAAUGUUGUGGAUGCUGUUUUACGCAGCUGUCACCUCUCGAAAGGAUCAAGCUAUCUUGUUCAAAGAUAGCCAUGCAGGGCCCGUGUGGCUCCGAGCUGGACUUUUGCUGUUUGGGCUUCUUAGUCUCCUCAUGGACGUCUUCAAGAUUGCCAACUACGUGGGCUACCUUCACUGUGACUCUGCUGUUAAAGUGGCCUUCCCUGUCGUUCAAGCUGUAUUUUUGUUUGUCCAGACAUACUUCCUGUCGGUUCAUGCAAAAGACUGCGUGCAGCUACACACUCAUUUUACACGGUGUGGCCUCACUCUUACACUUUCAACCAACCUGGUGGUGUGGAUGGCAGCUGUGACUGAGGAAUCUAUUCAUCAAAUGGAGAUUCCUGAUUUAAAUGUCAAUGUCUCUCACAAGAUGUACAGAGCCAGCUAUGGCAAUCCCAAAUGUAAAUGCAGUCACUCAGCAUGUGACACCUUCAAAGAGGCCUUCUACUACCUGUACCCCUUUAACAUCGAAUACAGCCUCUUUGCGUCGGCUAUGGCCUACGUCAUGUGGAAAAAUGUCGGUCGACAUGUGGAGGAUCACAGCCACCCCAGCGUGAAGUUCCGUCCAAAGGAUGUGUGUAUGGGACCCGUAAUGGGAAUACUCCUGGUGGUGGUGGGACUCGUAACCUUCAUCAUCUACGAGGUGUACAUCCUGAAAGAGGAUGAGGAAAAGCGAAAUGAAGCCCUGUUGAUUCAUUUUAUCAUCAAUAUAGUGAUUGUGAGCCUGAUGUCCCUCUCCACCAUGAUUGGGUGCAUUGUCUACAGGCUGGACCACAGGGAGCACGUAUCGGAGAAAAACCCCACUCGCAGCCUGGAUGUGGGGCUGCUGGUGGGAGCCUCACUGGGGCAGUUCAUCAUCAGCUAUUUCACCAUCAUGGCUGUGGAGGCGACAGGAGCCAGUGGGUACCUGAAUGCCCUCAACCUGUCCUGGGCCGUGCUGACAGUGCUCCAGCUCGGCCUGCAAAACUACUUCAUCAUCGAAGGCCUCCAUCGGGAGCCCUUUCACGUGAUGCAGGAAGCAUCCCUGCACACAAACGCUCACAUCCAAGAGCACACAGAGAUGAGCGUUGUUAUGGAGAUAAAUAAGUCCAGCUACUACCUGACUUCAAGUCAUAAGUUAAGCUGGAAGAGAAGAAUACUGAAGGAAGUUUGUGCCUUUCUUCUGCUCGCAAACAUCAUUCUGUGGAUCAUGCCCGCCUUCGGCGCUCGUCCCCAGUUUGAUCACCCCGUCGAGAUAAAAUUCUACAACUUCACAAUGUGGGCUGCCAUCGUGAAUAUUGGACUUCCUUUUGGAAUCUUCUACCGUAUGCACUCUGUCGCCAGUCUCUUUGAGGUGUACUUAAUUUCUUAGUUGGAUUCAUUCACUGGACUUAUUUUUAGCAUGUAAAGUAAUUUUAUGAUUUUUAUUGAAUGUUUAAAUUGAACUUGUUAAUGUUAAUAAAUUUUAACUUAAAGACA